AUGAAAAUGAAUGAAAUUGAUUUAUUAAAAAGUGAACUUGAACGUUAUACAAAUGAUUUACGUGCUAUUCAAUCUGAAAGUAAUAUUCUUGAUCGUUUAAUGGAAGAAAGUAAUACUACUAUUAUGGAUUCAACAACAAAUAGAAAUAUUUUUUUUGUUGUCGAACAUCGAGCAAUUCAAAAUCUUGUUGAUACAAUUGACAGUAAAGUAUGCUUCAUUAAAUAACUUUUUCUAUAAAUCUAGAUUUAUUCAUCACUUCAGUAGACAAAUCUUAGAAAAGAUUUAUAUCAUAAAACAAUACCAAAUUGUUUUCUUCUAAUCAAAUUAAGAUUUCGAAUUAGAAUAUUUUAUCAUCUGCCUAAAAUAUCGAAUUAUUAUAUAACGAUAUAGAUAACACGGAAAGGACACUUACAUUUUUGAUC